GUUUUCGUGGCGAUUUUAAAGAUGUUUCUAUAAGUUUUACCAAAAAUCUUUACUUUUAGUUCCUUAUCGAACGGGGGGAGAUGAUACGAACCGUUGCUCAAUAGUGUACCCUACUACGAACCGCGAUGGCGAGCGGAAAAAGCACUACGAUCUAUGUCGGCGACAAGGAUUUGAACCGCAACCGGAACGGCGCCGAUGAUCCGCCGGAGAUAAAGAUUCUAUGCUUCGACCUUACCCACUACAACCGGACGACCCAGUUCCUGCUAUGCUGUGCGGGUGUGUUUGCGCUCUAUCUUGUCUAUGGCUACAUGCAAGAGCUGAUUUUCACACUGGACGGUUUCCGGCCCUACGGAUGGUUCCUUACGUUGAUCCAGUUCGGUUACUACAUCGGAUUCGGGUACAUAGAACGCUCGCUAGAGAAGACGACCGUCCCCCGGUGUAUCCCGAUGCGAACGUAUGCACUGCUAGCCUUCCUCACCCUCGGUACGAUGGGUCUCUCUAACUCGAGCGUCGGAUAUCUGAACUAUCCGACGCAGGUCAUCUUCAAGUGCUGCAAACUGAUUCCGGUCCUGAUUGGCAGCGUUCUCAUACAGGGCAAAAAGCACGGUCCGAUGGACUUCUUCGCCGCGUUUGCCAUGUGUCUCGGGUUGAUCCUGUUCACGCUGGCCGAUUCGCAGGUGCAACCUGACUUUGACUCGUUCGGCGUGUUGCUCAUCUCGUUGGCGCUGCUUUGUGAUGCGGCGAUCGGGAACGUUCAGGAGAAAGCCAUGCGAGAACACCGGGCUCCCAACAACGAGGUGGUCAUCUUCUCGUAUGGCAUCGGGUUCGUGUAUCUGGCCGUGAUCAUGCUGGUGUCGGGCCAUCUGUACAAGGGUAUCAUAUUCUGUGCACAGCACCCCGUGGAAACAUAUGGCUAUGCAUUCCUCUUCAGCUUGACCGGAUACCUUGGAAUACAGAUCGUGCUAACGUUGGUGCGUACGUGCGGUGCACCGAUGGCCGCUACCGUCACAACGGCACGGAAAGCCGUUACCAUAGCGCUAUCGUUUGUCUUCUUCAGCAAACCGUUCACUAUACAGUAUCUCUGGUCCGGACUGAUAGUUGUUUUUGGAAUUUACCUGAACGUCUACAGCAAGCGCAGCAAGCUCACCUUUGCCGAUUUGGGAAAAAUGGUCAGCUCGCUCUAUCAGCGAACGAUAUCUCGAAUGCCGAUUGCAAGGCAGGGUACCAAAAAGUUGCUCCUUGAAGUGUGAUCCUGCCAAGUACCCUUACUACAGCAGCAAGUAAUUAUGGAAAUCAUUCGAUAGAAAGCCUAAUAAAUACGCAAUAUAUGUUAAGAUAUGGAAACGAAAG